GCACGCCUUUAAUCCCAGCACUUGGGAGGCAGGGGCAGAGUGCAAAGCUAGCCACACUAGUCAGCCAUAGAGGCCAAGCAGUGGUGGCACACACCUUUGAUCUUAGCAGCCACAUUAGUUAGCCGUAGAGUCUGGGUGGUGAUGGUGCAUGACUCUAAUCCCAGCCCUUGGCAGGCAGAGUCAGACAGAUCUCUAUGAGUUCAAGCCUUCUCUAGAGUACAUGAGGUUGAUCCAGUCUGAAAGAGGAACAGAGUUCACACCUCUGACCCCAGCACUUGUGAUCACAUGACUUUAAUCCCAGCACGAGGGAGGUGGAGACAGGAGUGCAGUGCAGUCUUCCUGCCUGAGACAGUCAGUCUGGCCGUCAGUCAUUUUGUUUUCUUAUCUGAUUCUUGUGUGUCUCUCCUUGAUCUCUGAAAUGCCCCUGUGUCAGGUAAAAAGAAUCACCUGACCUCACAGUGAAGCCACAGAACAAACAUCUCCUUUUGUGUCCUUAAAUUUCUCUUUAAAAUUGCUAAUAUUCUGCGCAUCCUUCCACCUGUGGGACAGGGAAUCCCUCCACUCCACCUUGAGGAAAGGGCUGUGAAAGCUGUUCACACCGCGUGCAGGAGGAAGAAGAGGACAGGCCUGUGGAGUGCCGGAAGAUAGCAGGAUUAGCUGUUGGAGCCAAGGGCAACAGUUAUUGAAAUGAAAAUCUCUGCCUGUCUGGAAAAGUCUGGCUCUGGGGUGGAAGGUUGGCUGAGGAAUCGACUUGCUCUGUGUCUUUAAUUCUAAGGGCGGGGCUCUUGUCACUCAAGCAUCACCAACCAAUCAGUGCCUCUAGGCCGAACUGCCAGUCAGAAGUCUUGCAGGGCUCUUCCCUGGCCGCCACCGUUCCUUUUGGGUUGCAGAGAAGCUGGGGCCAGUGUUUUAUUUCGCCUUUUGUGCUGCGAGUGCCGCUGCAGGGAGCUGUGAGAGGGCCGCGGGCGAGCCGGGAAGCCACGACAUGAAUGCAGUGACCUAUGAUGAUGUGCAUGUUGACUUCACUCGGGAAGAGUGGACAUUGCUGGAUCCUUCCCAGAGGAAUCUCUACAAAGAUGUGAUGCUGGACACCUACAGGAACCUCACUACCAUAGGAUACAGUUGGGAAGACCAUAAUAUUGAAGAACAUAUUCAAAAUUCUAGAAGACAAGAAAGGCCUGAACGAAAUCAUACUGGAGAGAAACCUUCUGUAUGUAGUCAAUAUGUUAAAGUCUUUGCAUAUGACAGGCAUCUUCAAAGGCAUGAAAGCACACAUAUUGGAGAGAAACUGUAUGAACUUAGUCUAUGUGGUGGAGCCUGUGAACGUGAUAGAAAUCUUCAAAUGAAUGAAAGAGCACAGACUGAAGAGAAACCCUAUGAAUAUAAUCCAUGGGGUGGAGCCUUUACUCCUCACAGUCAUCUCCGAAGGCAUGAAAGAACACAGACUGAAGAGAAGCCCUAUGGAUGUGAUCAAUGUGGUAAAGCCUUUGCACAUCCUAGGAAUCUUCAAAUACAUAAAAAAACACAUAGUGGAGAGAAACCCUAUAGAUGUGAUCAGUGUGGUAAAGCCUUUGCACAUCACAGAAACCUUCAGUUACAUAAAAGAACACAUACAGGGGAGAAACCCUAUGGAUGUGAUCAGUGUGGUAAAGCCUUUGCACAUCAUAGUAAUCUUCAAAUACAUAAAAGAACACAUACAGGGGAGAAACCCUAUGGAUGUGAUCAAUGUGGUAAAGCCUUUGCACAUCCUAGAAAUCUUCAGGUACAUAAAAGAACACAUACUGGAGAGAAACCCUAUGAAUGCAAUCAGUGCACUAAAGCCUUUGCACAGCAAAGUCAUCUUAAAUGCCAUAAAAGAACACAUACUGGAGAGAGACCAUAUGACUGUAAUCAAUGUGGUAAAACCUUUACAUGUCACAGUAGUCUUCAAAUACAUAAAAGAAUACAUACUGGAGAGAAACCCUAUGAAUGUAACCAAUGUGAAAAAGCAUUUGCUGAUUUCAAAUCUUUUCAAAUUCAUAAAAGAAGCCAUACUGGAGAGAAACCAUAUGAAUGCAAUCAAUGUGGUAAAGCCUUUACACAACACACUAAUCUUCAAACGCAUAGAAGAAGACAUACUGGGGAGAAACCCUAUGAAUGUAGUCAGUGUGGUAAAGCUUUUGCAUGUCACAGUAGCCUUCAGAUACAUAAAAGAACACAUACUGGAGAGAAACCCUAUGAAUGCAAUCAGUGUGCUAAAACCUUUGCACAAAUUGGUCACCUCCAAACACAUAAAAGAACACAUACUGGAGAGAAGCCCUAUGAAUGUAAUCAGUGUGGUAAAGCCUUUACUUCUCACAAUGCUCUUCAAAUGCAUAAAAGAACACAUACUGGAGAGAAACCCUAUGAAUGUAAUCAAUGUGGUAAAGCCUUUACACAACAUGGUAAUCUUCAAACACACAGAAGAAGACAUACUGGAGAGCAACCCUAUUAAUAUAGUUAAUAUCAUAAAGCCUUUGAAUGUCACAGUAAUCUUCAAAUGUAUACAAGAACACAUACUGGAGAGAUACCGUAUGAGUGUAAUCAAUGUGGUAAGGCAUUUCCUCACCAUAAUGGUCUUCAACUACAUGAGGGAACACAUACUGGAGAGAAACCCUAUGAAUCAGUGUGGUAAAGUCUUUGCGUUAAUCAGCAAUCUUUGAACUUAUCAGAAAAAGAUGUACUGCGGAUAAACCCUAAAAAUAUAGUCAGUGUGACAAAAUUUUGCAGUUUAUACAGGAGUAAACCUGUUUGUGUGCAAUCAAUCUAUUAAAGCCUUUGUUUA